AUGGGGAUAACGGAUUCAUUCCCGCGCACAUGGCAAUGUGUACGUUGUACGUAUAUGAACUCUUUCACAACUAGUUCACAUUGUGAAAUAUGUGGAGCUGACAGAGAUGCAAAACUAUGGAUAUGUUGUAGUUGUGGAGCCAGUAAUCCCGUCCAUAUUGUGCUGUGUAAUUCUUGUGGUUCAGAGCAAAAUACUUUUAAAACAAAAAAGACGGAUUGGCCUUGUCCAAAGUGUAGUUUUGUCAAUUUUUCAGAUUCAACUAAGUGUCUUGUUUGCAAAUCUGAUAAACUAUCAAACAAUCAACCUGUGAAACUAAAAGACCCUGUUGCUAUUGAAGUUGAUCCAAGUCGUUUAGGGGAAUCUCAAAAUGAUGUCUUAAAAUGUCACAAAUGUCAAACGUUGUUGUAUGAUAAUACUGGUACUCAUUGUAUGGUGUGUGGAACUCCCUGCAUGACUGAAGGAUUUAAACCUCGACCAUUUCCGCAAUCUUCUCUACCGAAGGUUAAACCUGAAGAUCAUCCAAGUUCGUCUGGUGUGUGGAAAUGUGUGUCAUGUACUUUGUUAAAUGAUCCUAAUCAAACAAUAUGUCGGGCAUGUGGAAGUAAGAAAGGUGAUAGGGAUAAACCUAUCGAAAAACUGCCCCGAUCGGGUUAGUUAAAUUAUCCAUCCAUAGCAUAUAGAUUGGAUAAGCUUGACAGAAUUCAAUUGUUUGCCAAAAAUAAUAAUAAUGUUCUGGGGGAUGAUGCCCAGAGCCCCCUGUUACUCAAUAAUCAUCAGAAAAUGUCUAUUACUAUUAUUACACAAUCGGGUAAAAUUUUAUUACUGAAAUUCAAAUUUCAGGUAAAAUCCUCUGACAUCUCCCAAUUCUAGAUGCAAUAAUUAAGUACCUGCAUGGGUUUAAUUUUUAUGGUACAGUAUAUAACAAAAUAGUAUGUGUCUGUUUUAUUCAACAGCAGCUGGCUACAUCAGUUUUUCUUUCUUGUCUAGGACCUGUAUAGGAGUUUGUUUGCAUCUCAUUUAGCACAGGCAAUCUCAACUGUUUUAGGGUAAAAUGACCAUGGCGGUCAACAUGGCAUAUAUGCCAAAACCUGAAUCCGGGACGAAAGUCCUGAAAAUGACCCCGCCCUGAAACGGCAAGUGAAAUAAAAUGUACUAUAGUUAUAGAAAACAAUGACAAUCCUUAUGAAAUCUACAAUAGUUAUAUUAAAUUAAGCAUAGUUUUUCAUCCCAUGAUAAAUGUUUUUAGGAAAUAAGGAAAUUUAAUUUCUGCCAGGUAUACUACAGUAGUUAUUUUAUGCAUAAUUUGCAGUUGACCAGGGGUGCAGGGGUGCAUGGUCAUUUUCUUGUAAAAUAUUAUACUUAGACUGAGUUAGACAAAUGUUUCUUUCCAAUAACCACCCCUAAAAGCAACCCUUCUAAACACUAUAAGCACUUCAGAAAGGCUGUUGCUUUUCAGAAGUUAGAGCUAUGUCAGCACUGCCGUUUCAGGGCAGGUUCAUUUUCAGGACCUUAAAUCGUCCCAGAUGCAGGUUUUGGCACAUAUGCCACGUUGACCGCCAUGGUCAUUUUACCCUAAAACAGUUGAGAUUGCCUGUGCUAAAUGAAAUGCAUACAAACUCCUAUACAGGUCCUAGACUAUUCAGUUUGAGCUUAAACAUGAUAAUAAAUAUACAUGCAAGUUGGAAAUUUUUGAAAUUUCAGAAAAUAACUUAGUUUAAUUUAUUCUUGUAACUAGACAACACAUGGGUGUGCCCUGUUUGCACUUUGACAAACUCAUCCUCAAUCAAAUUCUGCAAUGCAUGUAAUACAAGUGAAGGUGAUGUAAGCUGGACUAGGAAUGCAGAGAGAUUGAGUGUGCCUAAUUCACCAACACACAAGACAUGCGAAACUGUUGGAGUUGAAGCUAAGAGGAUCCAUGAUGAAAAUCGAGCCAAGGAGCAGUGGAAAAACAUUGUGGAGAUUUGUUCACAGGUAAAUGUUCAACAAAUCAUUGUUUUGAGAACAGUAUGGUAUAUAGUGAAAAAUGAUCAAUAUUGUACUGUAAACUAAAGAAAUGUUAAUGUACUGUAUGCUGGUUGAUAUAUUCCUGAAGGUAAAUACUAAUCUGAAAAUGAUUAUCCAAUUAGCCUUUCUCUCACUGCCAUUUUUGGGUGGCAUUUCAACCGAAGUCUGCGAGAUAAGUUCACAUAACAGUGACUUUUUAUAAUUUUUUGGACGAAUGAUGGUAAAUUUGCUUUAUAAAUGGUUAGUUUAUUUUGAGAAAUUGCUUUUCACAUUGUUUUAAUUCUACAUUGGUUGACGAGAAUUGGAUGCCACCCAAAAAUGGGGGAUAUCUUCGCCAUCAUGGAAAGGCUAAUUCGGUAAUUCCUCCCACAUACUAUUCUAAGUAGUUUUUUCCUUGGAAUGUAAACUUUUUAUUAAAACAAGGAAUGGAAAACUGUUCCCUAAGUAGAGUUACACCACUAAAAAGCGAUAGUAAAUACCUUGUGCAUCUUACGUCACCAGAAUGCAAUUUAGAAAACCCUCUCCCUCCGCAUUUUCAAGGGAAGGGCGUCUUCCCAGAUGCUACACAAUUACCCGUUAUUGACCUCAGGCAAAACUGUGAUAUUAGUUUUGUCCUUUAUAAACGUGAAUUGAAAGUAAUAAAUAAAUAUGGCCGAAAUAUAUGUUUGUCCUUGUUUCUUCAUUCUGUAGCACAACAUGUCAUUUGUGGAUGAUUCAUUUCCCCCAGAUCCCAGCUCUCUGUACUUUACACCACGAUCAUCAACACACCCUCGUGUAGCUCGAUGGUUAAGACCUCAACAAAUAACAUCUCAAUCACAACUGCCAUGGGAGGUUUUCCGUAAUCCAAGUCCGUCAGAUAUCAUGCAAGGUGUUUUAGGCGAUUGCUGGUAUGUACUUUUGGCUCUAAGGUUAAUUAAAAAAAACGUUUGUGUAGUUGUACUUGCAAAGCAAUGAAUGAAAAUGUUAGUACUUGCAAAGUACUUGCAAAGCAAUGAAGUUUCUGGUGUGAAAGUUGUUUUUGUGCCUAUAUGAGUGUCUCCCAGGGGUUUCUAGGAAACAAGGGAACCACUGGAACAAAGCCAAAAAACCAUAGGGAACAUAUAAGCUGGGGGAAUAAGAAAACAUGGUGAAAUCUUUGGGGGGGACAAGGGAACAAAGGAAAAAUUUCCAAGGGAACACAGACCCCUCCUUGGAGACCCUCUUAUCUACGGUAUUCCGUUCUUUCAACUUAAGCUCAUGUUGCUCAACUUAAGCUGUUGCUCAUAUACAGUUUUGUAUUACUAAAUACUAGUCCUUGUCUUUAAUGCAUGUCUACUUGUUGUUUUGUGUCAGGUUUGUCUUCACAUGGGACUCAUGUCUUGUUGACCAUACCUUCAAUCAUUGUUAUAUAUUUUAUAGCACUUUUGUAAUAAAUAAAUAAAUAAGUAAGUAUACGUACACAACUGGAGACGUCAUUUCUAUUGUUUUUUUGUGUAUGCAUGAGGGGAAGGACGGUUGCCAACCUGCAGAAGUAUUGGAGCUCAAAAUAUUCGUCGGUCCAAUUUUGUGUUUUAUUGAGUAAUUGCCCUCUAAUUAAAAUAUUUAAUUGAAGUGAUGCAGAUACGGUGGGUACAUGAAGCGUUACGUGAAACACGUGAUCAAUGUAGGAAUAACGUAGAAAUAGACGCAGUAAAAUGUUUCUCAAUAGUUAUGUGUGUUUUAUAGGCUACUGAGCGCUUUAGCUGUUCUCACAGAACGACCAAGUCUCUUAGAAAAGAUAAUCGUUACAAGAAAAGUAAGCACACUUAAUAUUUACAGUACUAUCCUUAGUAUCCUGUCAACUAAAUCCUAUCAACGAGCGAACAUGCGUGGGUUCGAACCCAUGCAAGACACUGGUGACUAAUGUGGAAAGAUUUAGAGCUGCAUUCCAGUUACGCCUUUUUCAUACCUACGCGCAUAGAGAUUAUAAAUAACACUAGAGGAGGCAUUGUAAUCUUAAUUCAGUAAAAAAAGGAACGCGACUAUUGGGGGGGGGGGGCAAAUUCAAAUCCCGGAUGUGUAUUCGUGUUCCCAUUGGUGACGAGUUUCAAAUCAGCCAAUGAGAGCACGAUUUUAUAUCCAGGACUUGAAUUUGCCCCCCAUUAGCUGCGUUCCCAAUUUUUAAACUCGAUGCCUCCUCCAGUGUUAUUUAUAAUCUCUAUGCCUACGCGUACAUGCACGCACGAAAAAGUUGAAGUCGUUUUCAACAUUACCUAUGAAAUAACUAAGUGAAUAAAAAACACUAUUUACUGUGCCUUUGUGUAUGAUUUGUGUAUUUGUGGAGUUUUAAUUACCUGUAUAUAAAAUUUACAAACAUUUAAACUUUUCCGUGCGUAUGCAUACGUAUGAAAAACGCUUAACUGGAAUGCGGGCGGCUUUUAGUGAAUGUCCUGCCGAAAGUCAUGGGUUUUCUCUGGGUACUCCGAUUUCUUCCAAUAGGCAAAGUUGGCAGUUUGAGUUUGGAUACAGUGCAUAUGUAGAUGAGUAUCCACAACCACAUGAAGGCUAAUUGCAGUAACUGUUAAAUAGUUACAUUUCAUGACUAAAUUUGAUGCUUUUCACCUCGUGAUCUUCAUUUAAGAUAUGCGAUGAAGGUGCUUAUCAGAUCAGGUUAUGUAAAGACGGAAGAUGGACUAUCAUUCUCGUUGAUGAUUUUAUUCCUUGUAAUGAAUAUGGCAUGCCUGUUUAUUCACAGGUAAUUGUUAACUUCACUUAUUGAUUUCAUGUAAUAUCAGUCAAAUAUACAAUAAAGGGCAUAGAGAAUUUGUACAGAGAUAUUGUAAAACUAAGGUGUACUACAGUACUUAUGCAUUCUGACUAUAUUGGAGAAAACGUAUGUAUAGACUAUACGGAGGCAGUAGUAAAAACAAUUUUAAAAUUUGUAAUGGAUAAACGAAAAAUAUUUCGUUCCCUGUCCAUUCAAUGUUGGACCUAACGUUCUUACUAUUAUGCCAUGGGAAAACAGUUAAAUAAAUAAAUUUCAUCAGUAAUAACGUAUUUAAUGUACAGGCUGCUCGUCGUCAGCUGUGGAUACCUCUUAUUGAGAAGGCAAUGGCGAAGUUACAUGGUUGUUAUGAAGCAUUAGUCGCUGGAAGAGCCAUAGAGGGAUUAUCUACAUUAACUGGUGCUCCAUGUGAAACUAUACGAUUGCAAGGUAUCGUACAUUUCUUCACUGGAAAAACUGAAAAAAUAUAUAGAUUUUACAGAUUAUUCCCACACUGGUGUUUUACAGAGAAAAUGUGUAGAUUUACGUAGAUUUUGCAAACAAAAAUUUAACAACAAAAAUUUACAAGGAUAUGAUACACAUUUAAACGUUUUGUGCACGUUUACAGACGUUGGUAAUUGACAGAGGAUAUACUGUACGCAUGUACAUAGUUUUGAAAUGACGUCACUUGCCACAGGAGAGAAAAGGCUGGGAACGAGGAUGAUCCAGGCAGGAUCACUUGCAUGACCAGGUUUAGCUAUGUUGUUUUGAAAAUAUAUCACCUUCCGGUUCGGCGUAAAGGUGCACAAAUUAAUCCUAAUUAACAAUUAGAUUACGAGCUUGAGAUUUCGGGAAAUUCUCAUAGAAAUCGAGAGCGAGUAAUCUAAUUAUUUUAGUAGAAUCAGAGAUCAAACAUAAAAUAUUCCACAAUAUUCCAUAAAAUAUUGCCAUUUAAAAAAAAAAGCGCCAGGGAAAUGAUAGUUUGGCUACUCGUUAUCUAUCGAUGAAUAGAUAGCAAGUAGAGUAGCCACACAAAUUACAGCAUGAAUUUGCAAUAGUAUACUUACGCGCUCAAUCAAGUUAGAGUAGGGUCUUUGGGUUAGGAUUAACGUUAGGCCAAAUAAAAAUAAUAGUUGGUUUCAAGUUUCCGACCGACCUUUCAAAAAUAUAUGACCGACCAUAAACAUGUUAUUGACAUUUCCCAGUAGAGAUCAUCUUUUCGUAAAUAGCAGAAUAUAUAAAUGGUCAUCACACUCAUUUGUCUACAAAUUAUUUUGUUUGCUUAUAAUUUAAUCAUUAUCUAGUCAUGUUAAUCAUAGUUUUACACAAAGAACAGUUGAAUAAAAUAUUAAAAACGUACAUUAUUCUGACAUGGCAGCUACGGCUGAAAAAAGACGAAAACGCCUUGAUGCGUUUGUUUCUCGCGAAACACAUGUAGCUCGCGGUCUCCCGCGUGGCGCGUUUGAUCACGCGUGACAGUUACUCAUAAACAAUGAUGGCGCGAGAAACGCUUGACUUGACAAUGAGUUUUAACUUUUUUCUGUGUUGGUGUUGUGUACUCAGGUGAAUAUGAUGUUUGUGAUGUUACCCUGAGUGUAUAUCCACACCGGGCGAGCUUGAAAAAUAUGCCCGGCCACGGUGGGAAUCGAACCUACGACUUGGAAUACUAGCCCAAUGCUCUGCCAACUGAGCUACGCGGUCAGGACGGUUCGAGUAACAUCACAAACAUCAUAUUCACCUGAGUACACAACACCAACACAGAAAAAAUCAUAUUACUAGAUUACAUUGGUAUCGAAGGAACUAGAUUCUGUUCCGAAAUAUCACUUACUCGAACGGUCCUGACCGCGCAGCUCAGUUGGCAGAGCAUUGGGCUAGUAUUCCAAAGGUCGUAGGUUCGAUUCCCACCGUGGCUGGGCAUAUUUUUCAAGCUCGCCCGGUGUGGAUAUACACUCAGAGUAACAUCACAAACAUCAUAUUCACCUGAGUACACAACACCAACACAGAAAAAAUCAUAUUACCAGAUUACAUUGGUAUCGAAGGAACUAGAUUCUGUUCCAAAAUAUCACUUACUCGAACCGUCCUGAUCGCGUAGCUCAGUUGGCAGAGCAUUGGGCUAGUAUUCCAAAGGUCGUAGGUUCGAUUCCCACCGUGGCCGGGCAUAUUUUUCAAACUCGCCCGGUGUGGAUAUACACUCAGAGUUUUAACUUAUAUUUAUUGCAUCUUGAGAUAAAAUUUUUUUUAGAAUAAAAUAUUUUUCCGACCUACCUACCCACCCAUAUAAAACAUGGCUGUGAAACCUGAAACCAACUAUUAUUUUUAUUUGGCCUUAGGGGUGGGUUUGGGGCAAAAUCAAAUAGUGAUAUAUUCGUGCGCAAUGAAGAUAUUACCAUAAUUUCAGUGUCGUCAACAAAUCCUAGCAAUGAAGAUGUUAUAGAUAAAGGUUUGGUCUGGGCGAAGUUACUCAGUUGCAGAAAUGCUGGGUAAGUUAUAGUGUUAUACUAUAAAAUGGCAAAGCAGAACUAAAUGGUGUGAACAUAAUCCUUGCCCAGUACAGUCGGAUCGAGACAUCAGCACGUUCUCAUGAACAGACACUUCCCGAAUUUGCUUGAGUGCACAAGAGACAUUAGUUUGGAAUCGAGGCGGACAAGCAAGCAAAAUCUGGUAGUGAAACCUCCAACUGUGCGUUUACAGUCAUUCACCCUCGAAACGGCUUGUCGAUUCGUCGUUGUAAAUUGCAUGUUCGAUAUUUCAUGGAUUCAUAAAUGUCUGAUGGAUUGCGUCGAUGAAUAGAUCCAAAACUGAGAUUUCAAUUUAAUGAAUAGUCGGUUAAUGAGGUCAUUGCCGCUUGCCGUUGCAGUGGGUCAAAUUUUAAAAUCGUCACGGGACGCACUCGGGCCUUCCCAAGGAGAGAUAGCCGUUCACUUCUUCCAAAAGGCCUCCUACUAAACGCAAGAAAGAAAUAGUCAAAAGACAAAUUGCAUGAACAUUUUCUGUGAAUCUGAAAACUAUAUAAACUGAAAAAUACAGUAUAUAACUGAUAAACAUUUUUUCAGGUAUUUGAUGGGAGCAUCAUGUGGUGGGAACUCCGAGGACGCUGAUGAUCAUAUUUAUACCCGUGUGGGUCUACAAUCACGUCAUGCGUAUUCAAUACUUGAUAUAAGAAACGUGCAGGGAAACAAGUAUGUCAUAAGCUACAUAUAUUACAAUUGGAAAGCUUCGGAUUGAUAGGGAUGCAACUACCUGACAAGGCCGGGGAACUUCGGAGUUUCGAGCGAAGGCCCUUCGUCGAAAAGUUAGUAACGUCAGCUGUAGGUUUACUUCCUGGCCUUCGCUCGAAACGUCGAAAUUCUCCUUAUAUGUUUCAGGUAGUUGCAUCUCAAUCAACGAAAGCUUGUUAUUAUUGGCACUACCUAAUACCUACACUGGUAUAGACAGUUCAAAAUGUCCUGUUCAGCUAUUUUUAUCUUUAAUCCACAUGAAUGUUCGUAAUAUAUAGUACAGUAACAUUAUUUUAAGGUUUCCAUAUUUCUGAAAACCCGAAUUAAAUAUUUGUUGCACCUGUACUCCAGUACUCAUUAAAUACAAUAGUAUAAUUCAUUUUAAAUGGGAGUUAAGGUUCCAUCAUCAUGAAACAAAAGCUUUGAAAGUAUUAAUAACCAUGUUAAAAAUUCAAUUUCUUUUUAUAAAGGCUUCUUCGCCUUCGAAAUCCAUGGGGACGAUUUUCUUGGAAAGGAAAUUGGUCUGAUAUGUCGCCAUUAUGGACAGCAGAACUACGUGAAGAGUUGAUGCCUCACGGUGCUGAUGAAGGACUGUUUUGGAUCUCUUUUGAAGACAUGAUGCAGUAAGUGUUCAAAGAACAGUUUCAUUAUUAAUGUUAAUGUUAUCAGUCUAUUUUUAGAUUUGAAGAUAGAUAAUUUAUAUAUACGCAUUCAUAAUUCAUGUAGUCAUAUGUACCGUGUAAAGUCUUCUGAUAAUAACCAAUGCUGAAAUUGUGCAUUGAACCGAAUCUGAUUAAAAUGAACGGCUUAAUUAAUUAGUUAAUUUAAGAAAACCUCAAGACGUUCGAAUCAAAUCUACGUGAGAUAGGGAGUAUUAGAAGACAUAUUAAUCUAUAUUAAUUUCCAAAUAUAAAUGCAUUUAGACGAAGAGUGAUACAAUAAUAUCGAAAUAUAAAUGCAUUUAGACGAAGAGUGAUACAAUAAUGUCGAAAUAUAAAUGCAUUUAGACGAAGAGUGAUACAAUAAUGUCCAAAUAUAAGUGCAUUUAGACGAAGAGUGAUACAAUAAUAUAUCGAAAUAUAAAUGCAUUUAGACGAAGAGUGAUACAAUAAUAUCGAAAUAUAAAUGCAUUUAGACGAAGAGUGAUACAAUAAUAUCGAAAUAUAAAUGCAUUUAGACGCGAAGAGUGAUACAAUAAUGUAGACAUUACAUGAUCUGAUAUGAGUAAUUUGCUUAUUAAAGCUACCCUUGUUGUAAUUCAUUGCAUUGUUUUAUUCAGAUACUUUGACUGUGUAGAUGUGUGUAAAAUCCGUGAUGAUUGGACUGAGGCGAGAAUAGCGAGUUUCUUACCACCAUUUGCAGGAGGUCCUAGUGAAGUUGUUUCAAUGGCAGUAUUUUCACCAACUCAGCUGGAUCUUUGUGUUUAUCAAAAAACUGCCAGGUUAGUCAUAUUUUUUGGAAAAAAUAUUUUUCUUGAAACUUCGGGUUUUAACUUCGUCGCGAUGUAGAUUUAGGACAUUUCUUAGACAAUAGUAUAUACUUGCCAGCUUGAAAAAGGUUAAGAAUACUUCUCGACUUCGAGCGAAAGACUUUCCUCUAUAGAGAGUUUCCAAAGUUACAGAAGUAUUCUCAUAACGAGAAAGUAUUAGUAACAAUUCAAAAUAAUAAGAGACAGUUUACACUGCGCUCAAUUUUUGGUACGGCACUGAUAAAAUUGGUACCCGUACCACUUUUUUGGUUCUUGGACUACCUAUUUAGCCGCUAAGCCCCGUUUACACUACGCUCAAUUUUUGGUACCGUACUACUUUUUCGUUCUUGGACUACCUAAAUAGGUAGUCCUAGAACCAAAAAAAGUGGUACGGGUACCAAUUUUAUCCGUGCCGUACCAAAAAUUGAGCGUAGUGUAAACGGGGCUUUAAUGUCUGCUCCCGAAAGAUUUUGAUUUCCUGGGAAUCUCAAUGUUUUCCAAGACGAAGUCGAGGGAAACAUUAAUAAUAACACUUUAUUUAUUGAGGAUAUAAACAGAUAAAGUUACAACUUUUUUCCAAUCUGGUCCUCCUAAACUCUAUAGACACAACAAUAACAUUAAACAUGACUAUAUUCAGUACUUCCUAAGAGUAUGAACAAAUGAAAUCAUGGGUAUAAUGUAAAGUAUUAAUUAACCGGUACUACAAUCAGUUGUUCAUACCUCGAGAAAGCCCCAAUUUUCUAAUUAGGCAAUUUUCUAACUAUGUUUAAAUUAAACAUUAAGAUUAAAUAAUUAAACAUUAAAUAAUAAUUAAACAUUUUAAUUAAACAUUGAGAUUGGAAUGGAAACAAACCUAACCUAAACCUAUUUCCCAAGGGAACUGACAUAAAGUACUUUGUUAUAUACAAUAUAACGAGUCAACGACGAUAGAAAAUGAACAACAUUCAUACAACAAGUAUAAAAUUUUAAUUUUAUUAUUUUUGUUAUUUUUUAUUUUAAAAAAUAACCUACUUAAACGGUUUUAGCAGCAUAUCCUAUUGCCUGUUGUGUAUUUUUCUUCAUAUUUACAUUCUUUAUUUUAACACAAACGUGGAAAAUCGUAGUUUAUAAUCUUGCGAGUUGUGCCGCCAUUUUGUUUAUUUAUGUACGUAGCCGGUCUGGCGGGCAACAAUUUUUCACUUGCUUUCCCUACUUUUCUCCUGAGACGGACUUGAACCAAGUCUACCCGGCGGGAUACAUUGCAUUUAUCUAAAGUCACGUGAACACAAAUCAGCCAAUCACGUUUGGUGCUCACCCUAUAUAACAAAUCCUGUUGUUUUGACGUUUUUAUUUUUAUUGUGACAUUAUUUUGUUGAUUAGUUAUUUAUUUUCAUGUGUUUGCUAACACGCAGCGUGCUCUCCUGAAGGGUCUUAUUCAUAUAGUAUUUUAUUUUGUCAUGUUGACAACAGUUUUGUUCAUCAUCUGUAGAAAUCCUUCAUCUCCCCAGUCGUUGGUAGACUUGUGUAUAAUCCUGUUUCGAUCCAUGCCAAAUACGUCACGUCCAGAACUAAUCUCAAUAAUCAGUAACAGUAAACGGACUGUGAAAGGAAGUGUCUCAUUUAGUGUCAUUGUUGAAGAAGGUGUUUAUGUUGCAGGUUUGUGUCAGUGUCUUGUUAUGCAUGCGAAGUUUGUAAAUGAAUUUGAAAGUAGUGAAGAAAGCUUUAGUCGCUAAGUUAUGGCUAUCUAAUUCUCUAAUUCAUAAUUAUUUUUUAAAUCCAAAAUAUUUAAAUGGUUUUAAUUUCAAACUAGGGUUUUAGAUUGCAUCUCUAAUUUGUGAUCGUCAAUCACUUGUUGUAGUAUUAUUUAACCCAUUAUUGAAACCUGAAUAGUUUAGCUUUUGAAGAUAUUUGAAACGUGUUUUCCACCUUAUAGUUGUUACAUCCUUCAGUCACUGGCGAUCUGGUGGAGGGAAACAAACUGGGACAGCAUAUCCAAGUUAUGUCUUAGCAGUGCACAGUUCAAGAGCAGUUAUGAUUGAACAACUGCCAAUGACAGAGUUCUUAUUGGCUGACGCAAUCACGUGGAUGACAAUUAAAAAUGGGAAAAGUCAUACGGUACGAAAGCCAGUGCUAAAUAUUUUUGAAUCGUUUUCUAAGCCAAUUAUGGCGGAAAACAUGGCUGAAAUAUAAAUAUGCCUGGUAUUUUGAUUUCAGUUUGGACUAUGGAGCGACACAGACGUCGACGAGUCUCUGGAGGGAGGGAGGGGGGGGGGGAGUCGGGAAACCCGCAUGGCAUAUCUUGCAGAAUUUUGUAAACGUCUGUGAAAGACAAUGACUCUCCUCGCGAUCUAAGCAAUACAUCACACCUUAAUUCACUUGUUGUAUUUAAGCACGUCUUAACAUGGCUCAAACUGGAUCUGACUUAGUCUAGGUAGGAGCUGGGACACUCCCAUUUACGGUCAGACCGGCAAAUCUAUCAGAUUUUACGCCAACAGAUGGAAACAAAUGCAUAUUGUGGAGAAUAGGAGUGAUUCAGCCGGAUACAAGUCAUUUUUUGUUCCUGAAAUUUGAAAAUUUUGCCAAAUGCAUUGCCUAAUGCGAUCAGUCUACAUUUUACAAAAUUAAUAAAAUUUACUAUCAAUCGUAUUUAAAACUAUUUAGUAUCACUCGUAUUGUAUCUUCCUUAAUAAAUACAUGCUCCCUCUCUUGUAUGAUUGUCAAUGCUACUUUGACUUCUCAAAUUCAUUCACAAUGCAUGAGCAAAACACAAUGCAAAAGUAUAAUACGUAUAUUAUAUAAACGAAUUUUAAUACGAAUUUUAAUUCGUUUAUGUCUUUGUUUAGGGAAUUCCUGGUAUAACUAUUUAUUACUUAAGUCACGAUAUGGCUGGUCUGUUGGUCGUGGCUGAAAAUAGAAGACAAGAUAUGCAUUUAUUGGUUAACUGUGAUUGUGCAGGGAGUUUUAAUGUUGUUUCUACACGAGGUUUGCUUUGUACAACUGAUGUUAUUCCACCAUGUCACAGGUAAGCAAGAAAAUUUUGUUCAUGUAUAUAUUUAGAAAAAAGUUCACUUCGAUAGUAGUUCUGACUUUAAUGUACAGCUGUAUAACUUUUUAUAUAAAGAUUUCUAUAUCUGGCAAUUUCUCUGAAAACCACGGUCAGACAAAAAUUUCGAGGACUUAAGGUUACAGGACAUGCACCCUUUUUGGCGUUUUAUGGAAAAUCGCUACUGCGCGCUCAAAAUCAGUCCGAUUUUCAUCAAAUUUUCACCAAAUGUUAGCCAGUGCAUGCAAAAUAUGGUAAAGUUGUAAAAUUGACAAACAAUAAAAUAAUGUAAGAAUUAUUCAGGAAAAUCUUAAGUCGCGGUUCCUUUACGCUUUUGAAUUAUGUUCCUGUUGGUUUGAAGAUAUAUUUAUGAAAAUAUCAUUUUUAUACAGUAAAAUAGUUGUUCUAAAAAAUUGUGUUCGGAAAUUUUUGUUUAUUUCGUCAUUCCGCUGAUAUGGCGAUUUCUUUGACGACUGCAAUAUAUUUCUGAAUCGUUUGUGUGAAUUGCUCCUUAUUAUUAAAAUAUCCAAAAUUAGAACAAAGCCGAACACAAUUUUGAAACUGACGUAUUUAGCUCUGUCCUGUGAAAAUUUGAGAAAAAUUCGUUAAAACCCGCAGGAGCACAACUCGUUUAAAAAUCAGUAAUUGCCGUAAAAUUCUUUGGGGAGAAAAUUGAAUUUGAAUAUUACAUUUUCAAUGUUUUUCUUAUUGCAAGCGAAAUGUAUUUUAUUAAAUAACUCUGCGAGUUUUCAACAAUUUUCGUCCAAACCUGGUCAGAUAGUAGAACUAGUCUAAUGCUUUCAUCAGGACCAAUAAAAAAUUUUUAGGCAAAAUUAACACUCAAAGGUGUUCUGUAACCUUAAGAAUGAAACAAAUUCUGAAGAAAAAUGCCCUCUUUAGAAUUCAGUAUAUUAUUAUAAAUUAACACGAGUUACUGAGACGUAAAUGAUAGAAUCGAAAAUUUACUAUCUCAAAUGCUCGUCUUUUGGAAUCUGUUUCAUAUUUGCAUACAUGCAAUAUCAUUAAUAAUUCGUGUAAUGCGGGACAAAUAUUCUGCAUUAUACAAUACUUUGGUCACAUGAUGCAAACACGUGGCAUCUUUUGUUAUAUCAUCAUGUCCUCCAUGUUAUAUCCUCGUGUUUCGUGCACAAUAGGUUAGACCCGUUAGGGAUAGGAAUAUGAUUGAGGGUCAAGAUCAAAGAGAAAUGUAGUCGUGCAUUAUCAAACCUUUAGCCGGUUUUAACUCUUUUAACAUGGGCAGAACGGGAGACUAGAGGGACCAUAGCCACCCCAGAUGUAUAAAACUUCAGAGUAAGACAAUGAAGAUGAGAGAUCGCUGCCUAAGUGAACAAAAUUACCUACCACUAAACAUCGUGGUCAGUGAAAUAUUCCUUAAGUGAAUUUAAACUGAGGUGAGCUUCAGCACCCGUCACAGUUUUUUUAAAUUUCCAUCACCAGAUAGUUCAACUAUGCUAAUUUGCUGGCGAUUCUAGCCCUCCAAGCCAUGCAAACUGACCAAAACGAAUUAUGAAGCAAUUUUGUGCAGCGUUUUUGUCGUCCAAUUCUAGAAAGCGCAGGAAAUGGCAUUUCCGAGCCUCAAUUUUUCAAACUUUUCCUGAUGAGCAUUUCGCAAAAUAAAACGUGUUCCGCUGCCAUUGGGUUCUAAUAAAUCAGUUAGCGCUAAAAUCCGACGCCAAGUGACAUGAGUUCAACUCAAAACAAAACAGAUGCAUUAUCAGUGAAGACAGUGAUGAUGAUUUUGUUUAAUUAGAGAAAAUGAAGUUUCAAUCAUAAUCGAUGGUGAUUGAUGGAUGUAAAUCGCUUUGCAAGGCUAAUGUAUUUUUAUACAUCAUUAUAUAAAAAUCAUGCUUUGUAUUCUUUCAACAGGCAAGUGGUGAUAAUCUUGACACAACUUGAAGGAAAUGAUGGUUUUUCAGUUUCCCAUAAACUCAACUUUCGAACGAUGAUAGAUAACGGUGAUGGAGACUAUGGUGCACAACAUAUGCCAGAAUUAGGGAAAGAUCUUAUUGGACUUCAUUCUCCUCGACCUAUCACGUAA